UUCCCCAUGAUUCAACUCAUCCCUGUCCCUGAGAUCUGCUUCUUUACCAAGCCCAUAAUUCAUUCGUCCAGAUUAGAUAGAUCUUUGAUUCCGACAGCACGGACGUUAGGACCAAUGAUGUCCCAGGGGGACGAGACGUGCCUGUCAGAUACUCCAAGACCGAUUCGCGGGAUAUUUUUAUUUAACGAACAAUAGAGGCGUCUACUACAAAAACAUAUUCCCUCUACAGUUUUUUUUAUCGACGGAAUCACAGAAGCUCAUUUGAAAUGUCAUCCGAUAUUGAGCUUUUCCAACUUCCUGACAGACGACCAUCACAAUCAAAAAUCGAGCACUCUCUCUCUUAUGAUCAAGAAGAAGAAGUAGAUGAAUCCGUCACUCACCAUGCCUUGCCUCCAGUAGACGGUGGUCGGAAAGCAUGGUCAUUCCUCGCUGGUGCGACUGUCGUUGAGAUGCUCGUCUGGGGAUUUCCAUACUCUAUCGGUAUCCUGCAUGUGUACUGGACAAAUACUCUUUUCAAAGGAUAUGGAGAGUCUAUGGUGGCUCUUGCUGCUACAUUGCAGACCGGUCUGCUCUAUAUGAGCUGCGCCGUGUUCGGACCCAUUUUCACAAAAUGGCCAAAGUGGCAGAAGACUUUCCAAUACAUUGGCUUAUUUGCUGCGUCGUUAUCCUUUAUUGGUAGUGCUUUCGCGAGCAAACCAUGGCAUCUUAUCGUCACCGUCGGCUGUAUUUACGCUUUCGCGGGAGCCCUCUAUUUGCCCUGUUGUACUCUCCUCUUUGAGUGGUUUGUUGCCAAGCGCGGUCUCGCCAACGGUGCAAUGUUUGCAGGAACUGGUGUGGGAGGCGUGUUGUAUCCUUACAUCAUGAGCGGUCUCUUGAACCAUUUUGGCUAUAAAACAGCCAUGAUUUCCAUGGGUGUUGGCUACGCCAUUUUGGGAACUAUUUCACUCAUCCCAGUCAAUCGACGAGUCCCUGUCUCUCGACAUGACUUUGUUGGACCUGGAAGAAAGAAGCCCAUAAAUUUGACUUUCUUGAGGAGUACGCCGGGCAUCAUUGGCCCUCUCAUCAUCCUGCUUGUCAGCUUGGGUAAUUUUAUCCCUACACUUUGGCUUCCUUCUUAUGCGGACGACCUUAAGAUGAGCCGUAUAGAUGGUAUAGCCUUAAUCGCAAUCCUGAAUGCCGCCUCGGUUCCCGGUAACACGCUGCUUGGCUACUUUUCCGAUUACUCCCUACGCGCCGUCAUCAUCGUUUCGUGCGUCGGAAGCGCUCUCGGUUGUGCGUUCUUGUGGGGAUUUGGGACGAACCCAGGAGUCUUGAUUGUUUUUGCCAUCGUCUACGGAUUGUUGGGGACCAGUUUCCAGGCAUUGUGGUCAAAUAUGAUUGGGGUCAUAAGCAGGGAUGACCCGAUAGCUCCUUCAAUAGUAUUUUCCAUUUUCGCCUUCAUGAGAGGUAUCGGUAACAUUACUUCUGGACCCAUUUCAGGCGCUCUCUUGAAAUACAACACAUUUCCAAAUGGUGCGGGCGCUUACGGUUUCCACAACUAUGGCGCCUUGUUACUGUACACAGCCAUCACAAUCUUUUCAGGGGGUGCCGCAGGGAUAUUGUUCAAGUGAUGAUAGGCGAUGAUAAUAAAAGAGAACGACCAGACUGCAUCCACUAAAUACGACUCUUCAACAUGCUGGCAAUAUCUGUCUGUAUUAAACAGCGCAUAGUACCUCCAUGUUUUUUCUUACAUAUACAUAAUACAACAUUUCCUGUUCAAUAGCACAGAAAUGUAAGUUCUCCGUCCAAUAUUUUUAAUGCACGCUACAUAACAGUACCAAGGAGACUCCAGGUAUAUCAAGAUUGUUCGAUGUAAACAAACAGCUGGGGGUAUCAUACUAUUGCUACAGCGUUCGAUUUCUAUAGAGUUUAAAAUCUUUUCGGAGAUGUAGAUUUUCCCUAACGGUC